AUGGCUCCGCCGCCCGCCGCUCAGGCCGUUGCCGCCCUCCUCCUCGCCGCACUGCUCGCGCUGGCCUCCUCCCACGCCGCCGCGGCCACCGGCGUCUUCCAGGUGCACCGCAAGUUCCGGCGAGCUGCCGGCGAGGAAGGCGGUAACAUAACCGCCCACCUCGCCCACGACAUCGGCCGCCGGGGCCGUCUCCUCGACGCCGUCGACGUGCCCCUCGGCGGCCUUGGCCUCCCCACCGACACCGGGCUGUACUAUACGAAAAUCGAGAUCGGGACGCCGCCCAAGCCGUUCCACGUGCAGGUGGACACCGGCAGCGACAUCCUCUGGGUCAAUUGCAUCACCUGCGACAAAUGCCCCCACAAGAGCGGCCUCGGGAUAGACCUGAUGCUGUAUGACCCCAAGGGAUCAUCUAGUGGGAGCACGGUAUCAUGCGACCAACCGUUCUGUGCCGCCACAUACGGGGGCAAGCUACCAGGGUGCACUGCGAGCUUGCCUUGCGAGUACAGUGUCAUGUAUGGUGACGGUAGCACCACCACGGGCUAUUUCGUCAGUGACUUGCUGCAGUAUAAUCAAGUCGCUGGGGAUGGGCAAACACGGCAUGGCAAUGGCAGUGUCACAUUCGGGUGUGGUGCUCAGCAAGGUGGGGAUUUAGGAAAUACAAACCAGGCCCUUGAUGGAAUUAUUGGGUUUGGCCAAUCAAAUACAUCAAUGCUAUCACAGCUAGCUGCUGCAGGAAAAGUGAAGAAGAUAUUUUCUCAUUGUUUGGAUACCAUAACUGGAGGUGGAAUCUUUGCUAUCGGAGAAGUUGUACAGCCAAAAAUAAAAUCAACACCAUUGAUACCCAAUAUGUAUGUUCAUCUUAUCACCAUAAAGUUAUUAUUCUAUCUGUCUUAUACUGAUAGGGAUUUUUCAACAGCUGUCCUCUAA